AUGCUGAAUCCAUCGUACAAACUUCCAACGCGGAAAACAAUAUCCUCAACAUUAGUUCCAGCAACUUACAGUGAAACCGUCGAAAUAGUAAAACAGCGUUUGGGUAGAGCAAAUGCAGUGUGUUCGACGGUAGAUGGGUGGACAUCUCGUGCGCAAGAUAGCUUUAUUAACGUUACUGCACACUAUAUCGUUGAAGAUAACCAGUGCACAUUUCUGGCUUCCAAUUUGUCAAGCUGCGUUUCAUAUACAGAGCUGCAUACUAGUGACAACAUAACAAAGAAACUGACGGAAAUUUUGCAAGAAUGGGAUUUAUGCCAUAAAAUCACAGUAAUUGCUACAGAUAACGCGGUAAAUAUGAAAGCGGCGGUGCGAAGAGGUGUCUCAGCUGAGCUGUACUAUGUGCGCGAUGGCCAAGUCAACGAUUAUGCGAUCAACUUUGCCGUCCCCGUGCCGGCGAACGUCAACGAGAUCUCGUUCACGUGGCAAGGUCUAGCCCACCAUCCGCUCCCAUACAGUGUCAACAUUAUUACAUCAGAGCCGUUCGUGCUGCCGCGUCCAAUGUUGAAUAUUUCGCGAAUCGGUGAAAUUCCGCUGGAGCCACAGACAUUCGCUGUCAGCCUAAAGUGUUCUGGUACGCGCGACGCUGAAGUUGAGGUCACCAUUGCCAUCGAAAUAAUACUGGACAGAAAGACGAACAAUGUCACUGAUCUGAUGUUCAGAAGGAAAAAAAUUUGCCUUGCCGGGCCACAGGAUGAGGGCCGCCAUGGCAGUGGCAACAGUAGCAGUAAAGGUGGUAGCGCCAGCAGCAUCAAUAUGCACAUUAACCAACCGGGUGAAGGUAUUCGCAAAGACGCUACCGUCGGUAGUGCCGCACAUGAAACGGAAAUCGUUAAGGUGGGCGAGGAUAGUGUGAGUGGGCAUGUGAGCAGUAGCGACGGGCAGCAUACAAUAGAUGAAAAUUUGUUGGAUGGUGGGCGGUUGAGUGGAAUAGGCACUGUGCUGCAUGACUUCGAUCCAAUGCUGAAAGAGACUCUGGCACCACCGUCUAGUGGAGUCACAACACUUAUUGUGGGUGGGAUCUUAGCCCUGUUGCUGGUGACCACACUUCUCAUUAUCGCCUAUUGCGCCAAGGGCCCUACGAAGCGCCAAAGCCAUGGUGUACAUCUCAUAAAGACAUCCAGUUUUCAACGUUUGCCGACCAUAUCAUCAACCGCACAUAACUCCAUCUACGUGUGUCCAUCAGUGAUUGCGCCAACUUAUGCGACUCUCACGCGACCAUUUAGAGAGUACGAGCAUGACCCCGAGGAGUUCAAUCGACGCCUCAACGAACUUACAGUCCAAAAGUGCCGCGUCCGUCUGUCGAGUCUGGUUCAGGAGGGCACAUACGGUCGCAUUUAUAAAGGCACUUACAACGACUGCCAAGAGGUGAUGGUCAAAACGGUCGCCCAACAUGCUAGUCAAAUACAAGUUUCACUGCUGCUACAAGAAGGUAUGAUGCUGUACGACGCGGCCCACCCUAACGUACUCUCCAUAUUGGGAGUCAGUAUUGAAGAUUUCACCACACCAUUUGUGCUCUACCCGGCGGAAAAUAAUACACGAAACCUUAAGUUGUUCUUGCAAGAGCCGGCAUAUGCGCGGAAUGUCACCACCAUCCAGACCGUUCUCAUGUCGUCGCAACUCGCAAUGGCUAUGGCACACCUGCACAAUCACGGUGUAAUACAUAAGGACGUUGCGGCCAGGAAUUGCGUCAUUGACGACCAACUUCGCGUAAAGCUAACCGAUAGCUCCCUAAGUCGCGACCUCUUCCCAAAUGAUUACAACUGCUUGGGUGACGGUGAGAAUCGGCCCAUUAAAUGGAUGUCUCUUGAAACCAUACAAAAGAAGCACUUUAAUGAGGGAAGCGAUGUGUGGUCUUUCGGCGUCCUCAUGUGGGAGAUGUGCACACUGGGUAAACUGCCUUAUGCCGAGAUCGAUCCCUACGAAAUGGAGCACUACUUGAAAGACGGUUACCGCCUGGCACAGCCCUACAACUGUCCAGAUGAAUUAUUUACCAUAAUGGCUUACUGCUGGGCGGUGUUGCCAACGGAACGCCCCUCUUUUAGCCAAUUGCAAGUAUGCCUUUCGGAAUUCCAUACGCAAAUCACUAGAUAUGUCUAAGGAUAAGUUCAGUUGGAAGCAUAGAUGCUAAGUGGUUUAGGAAAAUAAGAAAAACAAAUUGUACAUAAAUAAAGAGUUCUUGAAAUGAACCAUGUUAGACUCAAAUACCCCAAAGACAAACAUGUAUGCCUACUACUUAAUGAAUGGUAGCUACAUUUUAAAAUCUGCGCCCGAAUGAUGAAAUGCUUAAGCUGAAAUUAGUCAAGAACGUAGACCUACCGGUACGUAAACCCGAGUCAGCUGACACGAUCUGUCUAC